AUGAGGAGGAAGAAAGUUGAUCAAGCAGAACAAGAAAAGGAUCAAAUAGAUAUCGGAAAUAGUAACAACAAAAAGAAAGAGAAAAUUGGAUGGCUUAAAUCAAAAAUUCACAAAGGAACAGUUAUAAAAUCUCACAAAUAUUGA